AUGGCUCCCAUCACGCACGAGGUUCACCUCCUCAUGAAGCGCGGCGAUGAAGGACGGCCCACCGACCCCGACGCGCUCGUUCUCGAGGCUUGGGCCCAGGGCUUCAUGGUCGGUUCUCUGGUGAUCAUGGCAUUCAUUACCAUGUCAAACAUGCGCAAGGGUGUUCUGCUGCACAAGCUUAUCCUUCUCGAGCUGCUCCUCGGAGUCUGGCAAGGCUUCUUCAUAUUCUUCCACAAUCCUGUCUACGCCUGGUGGCUCUCCGUCAGCGCCAUUCCUCUCAACAUAUCUUGGGUCCUGCACAACGUCGUGGCCUUCCUCAAGAUCAAGCCUUUCCUUUCCAAGAGAGUAAGAAUUGUUUAUAUCGUCACGGUAGCGGUGAGCCUUCCCUACUGGGUCGUCGAGAUCUACGCGAAUUUCGCCUACUUCCACAACAUCAACGAUCUCUUCCUCCGCACUCGGCCGUUCGAGGCGCUUUGUCGGGAUCCCUGGUGGAUCUUCACCACCUUCACUCUUUUCUACAGUAUCAAGACCCGCUACGAGAUAUCCUUCUCUGAGAUCAUGCGCAUCUCCCCGCGCUUCGGCAUCAUGCUGCUCGCCAUGAUCAUCAGCAUCAUCUUCCUCAUCGUCGACAUCUGCUCGGUGCUCGACGCCUUCCAGUCCUCGCUGCCCGUCGGCAUCAACCCGUUCUGGAAGCUCGCCUUCGUCUUCAAGUGCCUUACCGACACCGUCAUCCUCGACGACUUCAAAACGGCCCUUGAUAAGCUGCGGGCGUGGAAGAUGGCUCACUUUGGCAGCUACAGCUUCGGCCAGGACGCGACGUCUCGCACACGCACCACAGCGCACUACGCCAAGGCGUGGGAGGAGAUACAGCCCGGGUCCGACUCGCAGCGCACGGCCGCCGUGUCGUAUGUGGCCCCCGACGAUGAUCAGAUGCCCAAGGGCAACUUCAUCGGCGUCAAGACCACCAUCGUCCAAACACAACACAAGACCUUGGCCUCGUCGCCGACGGGUCUCUCCUCGGGCACUUCAACCAGGCGCGCCAGUACCGAAGACAUCAUCGCAAGCGCUCCGAAGGCGCCUGAGGUUACGUAUCAGCAGGGCGUCGACCGGUGGACGGAAGUCAACGACGACGCGUAUCCGUUGCGGCCUAUAGCGAGCCCUUCGCCCCUAUCCUCGCCCAAUGGCCUGGACUUCCCGCAUAGGUCUUGA